AUGUCUGGCAGUGCUGCAGACUGCCAGUACUGGGAGAGACUGCUGGCUAAGGAGUGCAGGCUGUACAAACUGAGGAACAAGCAGAGGAUCUCAGUGUCUGCAGCCUCUAAGCUGCUGUGUAACAUGAUGCUGGGAUACAGAGGCAUGGGCCUCUCCAUGGGCAGCAUGAUCGUUGGCUGGGACAACAAGGGCCCUGGUUUGUACUACGUGGACGAUAACGCCACACGUCUCUCUGGUCGUAUGUUCUCUACUGGUUGUGGUAGCAGCUAUGCGUACGGAGUGAUGGACAGCGGCUACCGUGAGGACAUGACGGUAGAGGAGGCGUACGAGCUGGGCCGCCGUGGCAUCACCCACGCCACGCACAGAGACGCCUACUCUGGAGGAGUGGUCAACCUGUACCACAUGCAGGAGGACGGCUGGAUAAAGGUGUGUAAGUAGGACGUGUCAGAGCUGAUCCACCGCUACAGGAAGGGCAUGUUCUGAUCAUAGAUCAGUU